AUGGCUUCUUCUAGUUGGAUUGAUUUGGGUAUCCAGCAUUUAUCAGAGUCUGUGUUUUUGGGACUGUGUCACAAAGUUGGGACCUCUCAACAGGUGACCAUGAGGAGAGAAAUACUAGACAUGGAAGUGAUUUUGAAAAAUCAAGUAAUGCGUACAAGAGAAAAUGACAGGGAUAAAAUUGAAACGAUAAUAAGUGGUAGUUAUAGGGAAGGAUUCAGGCUAGAGGGAUCAGAUAUAGACAUAAUGAUGUGGCCACCUGACCACAAUAUAAUCUGGGACUUGGACCAGGCUCAGAAUUAUGAUUUAAAUCGAAAAACACUGAUUCUCUGUGAUUGUUCGGAAAGUCCACCUGGAUUUGCUUUACUUGAAUUAUUGACAGGGACUCGCUGGGGAAAUCUAAUGGAUGCAUGUAUCAGAAUAAAUGACAGACUCUAUAUAUCAAGUUCUAAAUUCAGAAGAAUCCCAUAUUCUUCUAGUACUGAGUUUAAGGAACAUGGUCCUUGUGGUAAUGGAUUUUUUGGUGUAGCAGAAUAUGAUAUAGCCCUAUGUUUAGUCUGUAACUUUUGGCCUCCUCCAGCCUUCCAGUGGAGACAAAGCCAUCACUCCUGGCCCCCGCCUCCUAUCAUUGAUGAAAUAGUAAGAAAAGGAUGCCAUUUUGUAGCAGUGGGACACAAGCUAGGAAAUCACACUGACAAAGAAUGGAGAAUUUCCUUCUCGUUGGCAGAGCAAUAUUUAGUUUCCUCAAUGAAUCAUUGCCAAUUCCUAACGUACGGUCUGCUUAAAUUGUUUUUAAAGGAAUGCAUGAACAGUGGACUAAGUGAAGAGGAUAAAUUACUGUGUUCUUAUCACAUGAAGACGGUUGUUUUUUGGGUGAUUCAACUAAACAUAAUGCCUUGCUGGUGUCCACAAAACUUCCUGCAGUGUUUCUGGGUCUGUUUUAAACUUAUCCUUAAAUGGGUCUAUGAAGGCAUUUGUCCAAAUUUUUUUAUUCCAGAAAACAAUAUGUUUUUGAGUAAUAUUCAUGGUAAAGCACAAAGAGAAUUGUUCAUUAGACUUCAUGAAAUAUAUGAAAAGGGUUUAGCAUGCCUUCUUUACAGUCCAUCCAUAAGAUCCCAUGUUAUAAGAGUCCUUCAAAACCCUAUGCAAUCUGUAUGUAUAGAAGAACACCCUUUAAUUUCUAGGGUGGUGUUUGAAGUAAUACUAUUCCGUGAGAUAAGUCACUGUGAUAUACCCAUAGGAGACCUGCAUCAUUGUAUGAUGUCCCUCGAUGCUGUAGGGAGGUUGAUCACUUUAUCCCUGACACAAUACCAGAAACUAAUUUUACAAACGAAUACAGCUUCUAUUCUCCAGAGUACAGCUUUUUAUUUACUCAACAGUUUAACAGAAUCUGUACCAUUCGAAGUGGAUACUAGCACAUGUAGGAAUAAAGUGAUCUAUUUAACUGACAAAAGGUCCCUUCAUAUGAUGAAAUUAGCUGCUAAGUUUGGGUUUAUUUCCGACAGGUUGUUUAUCGUCAUGUAUUUUUACAAGAGAUUCAGAUACUUGGAAGCUUUAAUUGUUACAAAGAAAGUAAAAAUCAUGUUAGAACAGCCAUAUGUAGUGUAUAGAGGACGUGUUAAUGCAUGGAGAUACAGCGAGGAUGUAGGGAAUUUGCCCUUGUCUACAAAGAUGAGAAAGGCCGUAGCAUGGGACAUUUCUCUGAACAAUAAAAUGUGUUACAUUAAUGAACUAGUGCCAGAACAACAGUCAGGGUUACAGUGGAAUUACCCAGUAUUAUAUGUCCCACUGUAUGUUCUCUUACACAUGUUAGAGAUCUUGUGUUACAGACAUGUAGACCCAGUGAGAACACAAAGAGCUCUAAAUGAUCUACAAUAUCUUGUACACCAUGACCCGGGGUCAUACAUAUACGAAGAACAAAAAGACAUAUCAUGGGAGAUCCUUGGGAUUUGUCAACAGAUUACUGGGAAUUACCAAGCUGCUCUGUAUUCCUACCGACAAUCUCUGACACAAAAAACAUUCCACAAAAUACAAACCGCUACAUUAAUGAGGAUACAACAAAUAAUGGACCUAAUCAAUAGAGUUUAA